CAGCCCUCUUUUGUUUACCCCCUCUCCCGCUUUCCUUCUCGCGGCGCAGCGUCUGCUCUCUACCGCAUUUUGCAUGAAAGUGGCAAUCUGUGAGGAUUACCCAGCUCCAGGGUUCAAUUUAAAAAAAGGAUACUGUAGCUUGGGUGCUAAUUUUGACUCUAGGCUGAGGUGAAGACAUGGGCUCCGUUUCUAACCAGGAAUUCCCAGGAGUGUGUAAGACUGAGGAAGAUGAGGGACCGAGCACCGAGGAGGACUCACAGCCUUUCCACGGCGUCGGCCAGUGCAAAUGGUUCAAUGUCCGCAUGGGCUUCGGGUUCCUGUCCAUGAACACCCGGGAGGGAGUGCCACUGGAGGAGCCGGUCGAUGUCUUCGUCCAUCAGAGCAAGUUGCACAUGGAAGGCUUCCGCAGCCUGAAGGAAGGCGAGGCAGUCGAGUUUACCUUCAAGAAGUCAUCCAAGGGCCUGGAGUCUCAGCGAGUCACAGGACCAGACGGCAUCCACUGUGUGGGCAGCGAGCGGAGACCCAAGGGGAAGAAGCUCCAGAAACGCCGUUCAAAGGGAGACAGGUGCUACAACUGCGGAGGCCUAGACCACCAUGCCAAAGAGUGCAAGCUACCACCCCAGCCCAAGAAGUGCCAUUUCUGCCAGAGCAUCGACCACAUGGUUGCCAAUUGCCCAAUCAAAGCACAACAGUCCUCGCCUGGUUCUCAGGGAAAACCGUCCUCCUUGAUAGGAGAUGAGGAGGAGCACAGCCCCUCGGCACUGCCUCCCGAGACCUCCGAUUAAAUGCAGGUAUCGGGCAACACUGACGCCGGGGAAGCACAGAGGCCAAUCAAACUGCUUUGAUGGAGGGACGGGAAAUGAACGACCCCCUUUCCAGUUGUCGAAGCUGCUUUUGGAACUACCUCAGGUUUAAAAAAAUACUCAUAGAAAAUGUUGCUGAAGUUUUUUGUUUUGUUUUUAUAUCAUUUGGUGUAACACUCAGGAAUACUGCUGUAUUAUUGCACUCAGAACGCUUUCUAAAUGUAUGAAUCACUGCUGUUUUUUUUGGAGGGCAUUGAGAUUGUAGUGAGUAAUGCCAUAUAACAGAAUAUCUUAAUGAGUCUUUGUAGAACCUUCAUUGUUUUUUGUAAUAUUGUGCCUCUCCUGUGGGCAUUAUACCUCCUUGUUUUUUGCGUAAUACUCAGUGUUUAGUAUGGAGCUACACUUUUGCCGCCUUACCCUUUAGUCUUCUUCCUGACUGUUACACCUCACUAUCCGACAAGGCAGAGAUGUGACCGUUAGUACCUCUGUAAUGAAUGUUAGCUUGCAUAUCGCAUGGGAAAUGGGGAGGGUUUAUGAAAACACAUGGGAUGGGUUUUAGGGUAAAGCUACAGGCAAUGUAUUGGCAUCGGCCAAUAUUGCAGUUGACCAUCCAGUUUUGCUGGGGCCAAAUGAAUGUCAGACCAGAAGAGGUUUUCAGCUUUUGGUCAGUUUUGUUUUGUCAUUUCAUUAUUUUAAUCCAGCGUUUUGCUGUCUGUCUGAAAGGUGCACUGUUUACCUCAUUGGUGCAUGUUUGGUCUGCUACUAAAAGUAUCAUCCUAAUGGCAAACCAAAUAUUCUCACAACACAGCUUUGGAUGUUUGAGAUGUGAAUUGGAAUUAAAUCAAAUCAUUUUGCACUACAGUAUUUACACAUGAUUGUCAUUAGUUGUAAUAUAUCUGACGUUAGAGUGAUUUAGAAAUUCAUGAAAAUCUUGCUCUUGCUGACAUCUAGUGGUUGAACAUCUCAGUUUUCAGACAUGUUCUGAACUCUGGAUAAUAUCUGCAAAUGUCUGAGACAAAAAAAAGUUGGGAUAAAGUCCAGACACAUUGCUGGACAUUUCAUUACUGAGUCACGUCCUUUAGCAAACUUUAUCAUGUAGCUCACCUGCUCAGUUGGCUGUCAGUUUCGGAAAUUGUCAAAAUUGGACAUCCAACCCUGACGUCGGAAAUGUUGGUAGAUAUGAGUGUUUUUCGACAAUCCAACAGGCCAUUUGGAUGGAGUAUACUGGCCACUUGAAGUGUGGUUGGGUUUUGUCUGUUGUCCUAGGGAACGUGAUGUUGUGUGGUGCCAUCGCUCCAUGCUACAUCGUAGGAAAACAUGCUGUCCACACUAUUUUGUUGAGAAAACAUGAUAAUUAGACCGGGUGCAGUUGAAGUUACAACCAGAGGAAGCAAAUGCUGCUUUUCAAUCUGGUGUUAAAUGACUCUUCAACCUUUCAGGGAGCUGGAAGCAUUACGAUGAUGAACUUUCUAUCAACAAUAUAUUUUCAUUUAAUGGCUGCUGUGUUAAGGGCUGCUGCUAUAUUACCUCAACUUGGAUUUGAUAGAAUUCCAACUGUGAAACUUAACUCUAUACAUGUACAACAUAACUUCUAAAAAGAUACUUGACCUGGACUGAGUUAGUGAGAUGUCCAACUAGCUCUCCUCUUGAUACUUGAAUAAAAUGAGGCAGAAUCAGACAUGAUGUUGCCAGUGGGAUGGCUGGUGUUUUUGUUUAUAUCCAGUGUGAUCCAUUUCUAGGUAGUUAUUUAAGACAUUACCUCCCUAUGACCCUUAGUAGGGUGAUAGUUCAGGAACAUCGAACCUGUGCGGAGGAGCAUGUAGAGAUAGCUAGCUAAUCAGCAUUUUACUCCCAUUUUACAGGAGAAGCUGACGAGACUUUUACACCCAAUUAAUAUAUAUGUAAAAUUAUUCUAAAGCUUUUUUAAGAAAAAAAAAAACAUUCUACUUAUUUAUUUUCAUCCAUGAGUGCUGCAGCUUCUCCGGCUCCUGUCGAAGCCUCUCAGCAAUGAAUGUUUGAUUAGACAUCAGAAAACUGCCAAAUGUCAUUCAAAGCUUCAAAUAUCUUUUUACCAUCAUGGUACUCAUGUUGCUUUGUACAUGUGUGCUUAAUAAAUCAUUGUCCUUAAUAAUCCAAUGCAGUAUGAACACAGUGAAACGGUAAUAUUGCAAUAAAAGAGAGUAACAAUAUGCAGCACAUACUGUACAGGUACAAAGUAUUAUGAGGGUUGACUUUAACUGUGUUUCUUUGAUUUCCUCUGGCUUGUAUGAUUUAUUUUUUUCUAUUUUCUAUUUUUUUGUGCACAAUGAGUCUUUCAGAAGAGAGGCACAGUGUUACUCCUAUCUAUGCCAAAGCCAAUGCAAUGUUACUCUGCACUAAUCAUGUGUAAGAUGCAUUCAUUUCUUUUUUUAUAUAUUCAGUUUACGGUCUUUUGAAUAUAUAUAUAUUUCAUAUUUUAUACUUUAUUAUUUAGAUUUUCAUAUACCUCACACAGUCUGUUGCUGGUUAGGAAAAAUAAAAAACCUCCACUCUUUGUCUCAUCUCAGGAAAUGCCGGUCUGAAAACUCAGGGAAUGCUUCAGAUUGAUUAGAAAGAGUCGGAGUGUUUAUUCAGGACAGAAUCACAGUUAAUUGCUCAUGAUGUGAAACACAGGACAAGGGAGCCACAGAAAAAAGGGCUUAGUAGUGUCUGCUUUUCAAUGUCAUGGUGCAACAGCUUCUCUUUUUAUCCACAAAAAGUUAACAAUGUGAAACAAACUGUUUCCAUGCACACAACACGAUCUUUACAUUUUUCUCUUAUUUGACAUAACAUGCCAUGAUAUGAUAUAUGAUAUAAAGAAAAUGUUCCACUAUUAGUAUUUUUCCUCUAUAAUCGUAGUAGAUGGGGAUGUAGUAGAAUAUUGUUAAAGGGAUUGGGGCUAGUAGUAUAUAAUCUGGGGUUGUCUCAUCUCAACACAUGGCCGAUACUUGGUGUUUCAGACUAUCAAUGCUUUCGACAAAAAGAAUGUGUCAUGGACGAAUUAACAGUCAGAUCUUGUUUCAUACUCCACUUUUAGUUUGUGUUCAUAUGUUUUCCAAUUUUUUAGAGGGUAGCAUAAGGAAACAUAGUUUUGAUAAUUCUACUCAGGAUAUAAAAAGGACAGAAAGAUUGUUAAAUCAAGUGGUCUGAUUGGAUUGAAUACUCAAAUUGUUCUGCAUAAUUACAUUGAACUUUCUUGUCUCUGCAUUUGGGGUAAACACAGAUGACUUCUGUUCAUUUGUUUUCAUUUAUCUUUUUAGAAUCUACUCAAUACCUCAUCUGUUAAACUCUUAGUCUGUGAUUCCGACAUUCACUAUUAAGAUAAAGGUCGAAUGAAAGUGUUGAAUUGUAAUGUUUGCAAUAUUCUGCUGUACGUAGAUGUUUUCAAUGUAUCAUUUGAAAACCGAAGUCCACGAAAGACGUUCUGAUUGCAACAAGCCUGUUUGACCCCUCAUUGGUGUGUUAUUGUGAUUUGAUUGUCGGGUGUUAGAUGGGUUAGAUAUACCUUUAAAAAAUCCUAAAACCUGUAAGACUGCUCAGGGUAUCGUUUGCAGCACCUCAUGCUUUUCGUAGUACUUCUUGUUUGUGACCAUCAGCCAUUUAAUUUGUGGUGUUGUAUUUUAUCAGGUAAAUGGCUUGAGCUACUUCCAACGUGCAUUUGUUACUGAUAAAUGUAUCAGUGUUUACUGCCAUAAACCUACAAUUACCUCGAUCUCAGGCAAUUUAAUGGCUAGUUUGUCAAUGAUGAGCAGCAUGUAGGCUUUUCAAAGUAUUACUGUGACUAUGUUUAUGUGUAAAGAUUUGCUCCAUUUCCUAAUAAAUGUCAAUAUCCAUG